CCACAGCCGGCUUCUUCGCAAAGCAGGGACUUACGACUGGCCUACUCUUCUCUUUCUGGAAAGCUGAAGGCAUCGCCAUGUCGAACCGUAGGAGGGGAGGCAGCAACUCCGAGGUCCGUGGGUCCAUUUCGGCCCUGACCUCGUUCCUAAAGGAGAAGAAUAUCCACAUUGCAAACACAAACCGCUACCGCCGUCGCCAGGAGGAAGAUGCCAGUGAUCCCAACCCCUUGGGCCUCAGCAGCCUGCAGCUCGCCGAACAGCGUAGGCAGCAGGCUGAGUCGUCGUCAUCGUCGUCCUCUGCUGUUCUCCAGCCACCUUCACCUUUAAGUCCCGCGGGCGCUGGGCCGAGCACCUCAAGCAAGCCGACCGAUGGAGCUGCACGUCCACCGCUUCGUCGCAAGGUGCAUUCCUCGAUGAACUUUGACGAGGAGGACGAGAGCGACGAGGAACCAGUACCUGCCACGAAGAGGUCCAAGAACGAGGCCGACCAGGCCCAGCCCCAGCGGCAACAGCAGCCCACACCGCCGACGAUUGCUGCCAACAAUCCCUCACGUAGACACACAGCACCCGGCUCCAUUGACUUUUGCCCCAUGUGUACUGGCAAAUUCACCGUUACCAAGUAUACGAAGCAGACACCGCACGGGGGCCUUUGCCACAAGUGUGGUCCCAAGUACAAAGGAGGACCCCUCUCGGCGCUUCCCAGCGGGCCGGGCGAGUCGAGCAGGGCAGCCACCGAGGACGCAUCGCCGGGCCCAGCCAAGAGGAAGCCGGCGGUGCGUCGCCAGGCAAGGCAGGUUCCCAUCUACGACGUCUUCCAGCUUCCCUCCCUGCAGUCUCUGUGCAUCGGUAUCGUUUCGCACCACAUUGAGAACGUCGAGGCGCUCCUGGGCGUCGGAGGCCAGAACAUGGACGCCAUCAGCAAGAGUAUCUCCAAGGCUCGCUCGCUCAACGACCACACGAUGAAACUCUUUCUGCAGCCGCAGGCUAAAACCAUCAGCUUCUAUGACUGCUCCAAGCUCACUUCGGAGUCGCUCCAGCUCAUCCCCAAGGUCUGCCCUCGGCUCGAGGAGAUCAAUCUGCAGCUCUGCGGCCAGCUCGACAACGACGCCAUUGACGCUUGGUCAACGCGGCUGCCCAGCCUCAAGCGCGUCGAGCUGUUUGGACCCUACUUGGUGCGAAAGGAGGCCUGGCACCGCUUCUUUGAACGUGUUGGCCACAGCUUGACCAGCUUCAAGAUUCGCGAGUCGCCCCGCUUCGACCUGGGCUGCUGCCAGAAGAUGGUCGAGCACUGUCCCAACCUGACCGAGAUCGGCCUGGCGCAAAUCGGGCCGCUCGACGGCGAAUGUCUCAAGACGCUGCACGAAUACAAGGACCAACUCACCUACCUCGAUGUGUCGGACCCUGGCGUGUCUGCGCCGGGAGUCCCGCCCAAGAGCCUGGAAGACGGCGAUGUCAUUGAGCUGCUCAAGAAUGUAGGCUCGAAUCUCAAGAUGCUCAACCUCUCUCGCAACGAGGAUCUGACCGAGCGCACAAUCAUCGAGGGCAUCAUUCCAUACUGCCACUCGCUUACCGAGCUGCACUUGGCCCUCUUCGAUAGCUACCUCGAAGAAAGUGAGGGCCAGGGCGAUUCAGGUGGCGGUGAUGUCUGGGCCGAGGUGGGCAAUCUGGCCGGAGGAGGCGAUGAAGAUGACAGCGGAUCUCCUCAGGCUGGGACAAGGAGUGAGCAAGAGCCUCAACUCCCUGUGCAAGAGCCUCAGCGCCGCGACGAAGGAGACACCGAGGGCAAGGCGCAGGAGCCUCCGGGCAAGUUGCCGUUCCUCCGUCUGUUCCAACAGACGAAGCCCGGGUCGCUGCAUACGCUCUCGCUCGAGCGUUGCCUCCGUGUCGACGACGAUGUCAUUCGUGCGCUGGUCGCGCACUCGGGUAGGACGCUCGUCAAUCUCAAUCUCAACUCCUGCCGGCUCAUCACUGCCGAGGGAUUCAAGAUGAUCGCCGAGCACUGCAAGGAGCUGCGCCACCUUGACGUGAGCUUCUGCCGCGCUGUAGACGACAGCGUCUUGAUCAACCUCAUCAGCAAGCUCGACAGCCUCAAGCAGAUCGAUGUCUUUGCUUGCUUCCGCAUCAGCGACUACUUUGACUCGAAAAAGGUCCGCAUCGUCGGCAAAGAAAAGUACCGCAAGGCUUGAAAUUGUUUCUUUUUCACUCACAUCGCCCGUGGAUGAUGUCUGUAUCCUACAACUACCUCUGUUCUCUCGAUCAAUCAUUGUUUGUCUGGGC